AUCCCAGCGCGCAGAACUCGGGGAGCCGCCGCCAGCUGCCGCCGCCGCCGCCGCCAGCUGCCGCCGCCGCAGGACCUGCCCCUACCCCAACCUGGGUUGCAGCGUCGCGUCCACACCGGCCGGCGGCGAAGGCGAGCCUGGGGACCCUACCUGCGCUCUCCACAGUGUGCCCCGCGCCCCGCAUGUGACCCGGCAAGGCCCCCGAGAGUGUCCCCCCACAGCUCCGGCGCCGGGCUGCGCCUAUCCGCCCCAACACGAGCUCUCCAGCCUGUGUGCCUGGGAUGGCCGCAGCCAAGGCCGAGAUGCAGCUGAUGUCCCCGCUGCAGAUCUCCGACCCCUUCGGUUCCUUUCCUCACUCGCCCACCAUGGACAACUACCCCAAACUGGAGGAGAUGAUGCUGCUGAGCAACGGGGCUCCCCAGUUCCUCGGUGCCACCGGAGCCUCGGAGGGCGGCGGCGGUACCAGCAGCAACGGCGGGGGCGGUGGAGGUGGAGGAGGCGGCAGCCACGGCAGCGGCGCCUUCAACUCUCAGGGGGAGGCGGGCGAGCAGCCCUACGAGCAUCUGACCGCAGAGUCUUUUCCUGACAUCUCUCUGAAUAACGAGAAGGUUCUGGUGGAGACGAGUUACCCCAGCCAAACCACUCGGCUGCCCCCCAUCACCUACACGGGCCGCUUCUCUCUUGAGCCUGCACCCAACAGUGGCAACACCUUGUGGCCUGAGCCUCUCUUCAGCCUGGUCAGCGGCCUUGUGAGCAUGACCAACCCACCUGCCACCUCGUCCUCAGCACCGUCUCCAGCGGCCUCCGCCGCCUCCUCUGCCUCCCAGAGCCCACCCCUGAGCUGCGCGGUGCAGUCCAACGAGAGCAGCCCCAUAUACUCCGCAGCACCCACCUUCCCCACACCCAACACCGACAUCUUCCCGGAGCCCCAAAGCCAGGCGUUUCCCGGCUCAGCAGGCACCGCGCUCCAGUACCCGCCUCCUGCCUACCCUGCUGCCAAGAGUGGCUUCCAAGUCCCCAUGAUCCCUGACUACCUGUUUCCCCAGCAGCAGGGGGACCUGGGCCUGGGCACCGCAGACCAGAAGCCCUUCCAGGGCUUGGAGAGCCGUGCCCAGCAGCCUUCCCUCACGCCGCUCUCUACCAUCAAGGCCUUUGCCACACAGUCAGGCUCCCAGGACCUGAAGGCCCUCAACACCACCUACCAGUCCCAGCUCAUCAAACCCAGCCGCAUGCGCAAGUACCCCAACCGGCCCAGCAAGACGCCGCCCCACGAGCGCCCCUACGCCUGCCCCGUGGAGUCCUGUGACCGACGCUUCUCCCGCUCCGAUGAACUCACCCGCCACAUCCGCAUCCACACGGGCCAGAAGCCCUUCCAGUGUCGCAUCUGCAUGCGCAACUUCAGCCGCAGUGACCAUCUCACCACCCACAUCCGCACGCACACCGGCGAGAAGCCCUUCGCCUGCGACAUCUGCGGGAGAAAGUUUGCCAGGAGCGACGAGCGCAAGAGGCACACCAAGAUUCACUUGCGGCAGAAGGACAAAAAAGCGGACAAAGCUGUGGUGGCCUCUCCCACCACCUCGUCCCUCCCUUCCUACCCAUCCCCGGUGGCCACCUCGUACCCGUCCCCAGCCACCACCUCGUACCCGUCCCCUGUGCCCACCUCCUACUCCUCUCCUGGCUCCUCGACCUACCCGUCCCCUGUGCACAGCGGCUUCCCCUCGCCCUCGGUGGCCGCCACGUACUCCUCGGUCCCCCCUGCCUUCCCAGCGCAGGUCAGCAGCUUCCCUUCCUCAGCUGUCCCCAACUCCUUCAGCGCCUCCACAGGGCUCUCGGACAUGUCGACCACCUUUUCUCCCAGGACGAUUGAAAUUUGCUAAAGGGAAGGAGGAAGAAAGGGAAACUGGAGAAAAAGAAACCUGAGAGACAGACGACAGGGCGAGGAGACGGCCAUGGGAGGGAGAUCCUCCUCGGUCAGAUGGAGAUUCUCAAAGCCCCUUCCUCCCCCUGCUCGGCCCCAGGGUCGGUGUGGAAGGCCUGUUGGCCAGCGAUCCUUUCUGCCCACUUCCCCUUCCUCCCCGGUUCCUACUACCUUUGACUUCAGCUGCCUGGAACAGCCAUGUCCAAGUUCUCCACCUCCAGCCAAAGAACUUGACUUGCAUGGAAUUGGAUGUAUCAUUCAGUAUCAUCUCCAUCGUCUGCCUGACCCUCGAUCCCUUCAGUACUCGAAAGCCGAGUUGGCAAAACGGGGUUUGGGUUCUUCAGAGCCCAGCCCUGCACCCUUGUACAGUGUCUGUGCCACGGAUUUUGUUUUUCUUGGGGUACUCUUGAUGUGAAGAUAAUUUGCAUAUUCUAUUGUAUUAUUUGGAGUUAGGUCCUUACUUUGGGGGGGCGGUGAAGAAAAGCCAAGCAAACCAAUGGUGAUCCUUUAUUUUGUGAUGAUGCUGUGAUUAAGUUUGAAGCUUUUUUUGAAACAGCAGUCCUCGGUAUUUCAGAGCAUGUGUUAGAGUGAUGUUCCGUUAACCUUUUUGUAAAUACUGCCUGACUAUACUCUCACAUGUGCCAAAAUAUGGUUUGGUUUUUCUUUUUUUUGAAAGUUUUUUCUUCAUCUUUUUGGUUUAAAAAGUUUUCACGUCUUGGUGCCUUUUGUGUGAUGCACCUUGCUCUGAUGGCUUGACAUGUGCAAUCGUGAGGGAUGUGCUCACCCCUAGCCUUAAAAGGGGGGCAAGGAGUGAUGACUCGGGAGAGGCUUUGGGAGGGAACUAAGGGAGAGGGCUAAGCCGAGUCUUGGUUCUCCAGGAUGUAAGAACACAAAAUCUAAAACAAUCUGAACUCUCAGAAGUCUAUUUUUUUAACUGAAAAUGUAAAUUUAUAAAUAUAUUCAGGAGUUGGAAUGUUGUAGUUACCUACUGAGUAGGCGGCGAUUUUUGUAUGUUAUGAACAUGCCGUUCAUUAUUUUGUGGUUUUAUUUUACUUUGUGUUUGCUUAAACAAAGUGACUGUUUGGCUUAUAAACACAUUGAAUGCGCUUUAUUGCCCAUGGGAUAUGUGGUGUAUAUCCUUCAGAAAAAUUAAAAGGAAAAUAAAUA